UCGGUUUGAUCUGCACUAGGCCCAUACCGCAAACUAAUCAAUUCCAAGUCCUUCCCCGGAUUCGUCUUUAAAACGUUCUUUUUAUUCAACUUCAUUUUUACAACUUUACUAAACUAUUAGUUCGAUGGCGGUAGAGACCCAUAGCGUCGCUGGUAUUGUUGCCGGUAGAAAUCCUCUAGAGUAUUCAACAUCGUCUCCGUAUACUCUCUUUUUAUUCCAAGCUACUUUCAUUAUCUUACUAUGUCAAAUACUCCAUUUCCCUCUCAAAAGACUCCAACAGCCCAGAGUGAUUGCUGAAGUCAUCACCGGUAUUUUGCUUGGUCCUUCUGUGAUGGGCCAUAUACCCCAGUUCACUACCAGCUGUUUCCCUAAGGAGUCGAUUCCUGGUUUGACUUUGAUUGCAAACGUUGGAAUCAUUUUAUUCUUGUUUGUUAUUGGUCUUGAAGUCGACGUUGAAUUUAUCAAGAAAAACAUGAAAGUAGCAUUAAGUGUUGGCUUGAUAAACAUGGCAGUCCCAUUUGCUUUGGGUUGUGGUAUUGCUAAAGGUUUAUAUAAAGAAUAUAGCGGUGAAUUGACUGGAGAAAUCUCUUUUACAACUUUUAUGGUGUUCAUUGCUGUUGCAAUGUGUAUAACUGCUUUCCCCGUAUUGGUUCGUAUAUUAACUGAGUUAAAUUUGAUUGUUGAUAGGGUCGGGACCAUUGUUUUGGCUGCUGGUAUUACAAAUGAUCUUACUGGUUGGAUAUUAUUGGCAUUGGCCGUUACUCUUGCCAAUUCAUCAAAAGGUAUUAAUACCCUAUAUAUAUUACUAUUAACUGCUGCUUGGUUCUUGUUCUUGAUUUACCCAGUAAGGAUGUGCAUGAGAUUACUUUUGAAGAAAUUCACUAACGAUUUAAUUAGCGGAGAACCCCUGCAAAUCCUGAUGAUGCUUAUUUUGAUUUGUGUAUUUAUCUCCAGUUUUUACACUGACGCAAUUGGGGUUCAUCCAAUCUUUGGUGCAUUCAUGGUCGGUGUUAUUGUUCCCCGGGAUAAUGGUUAUGUUAUACGUAUUACCGAAAAAUUGGAAGAUCUAAUCCAUAUUGUCUUAAUUCCUAUUUAUUUUGCUCUCGCUGGUUUAAACGUGAACUUGGGAUUAUUGAAUAGAGGAAUAGAUUGGGCAUAUACAAUCGGUAUCAUUUUAUUAGCGAUGUUUGGUAAAAUUAUGGGAGGAUUUGUUGCUGCCAGAUUCAACAAGCUUCUUUUCAGAGAAUCAUUAGCCGUUGGGGUUUUAAUGUCCUGUAAAGGUAUAGUGGAGAUCGUUGUUUUGUCUCUAGGCUUGAAUGCUGGUAUCAUUUCUCAAAGGGUCUAUUCAAUGUUUGUAGUGAUGGCUCUUAUAACCACCUUCCUAACCACACCAUUGACCCUUUGGGUUUAUCCAAUAAGCUAUAGAGAAAAAGUUGAAAAAUUCAUGAAAGGUGAGAUCAAUUGGGAUGGAAGUCCAAUCCACGCUGAAGUAGAUACUUCCAACUCUGACCCAAGCGAAGAUUUUGAUGGUUCUAACACAGAUGAAUCCUGUGCAAUCAAAGAUUUACAUAAAUUAAGGAUAACAAAGCUUGUACUAUUAUUGAAACGAAUUGAUACCAUAUCGAACAUCAUGACCGUGGUUCAUGAUAUUGCUUUAAAUGAUGGAAAUUCAUCUUCAAAUUAUGAUCUUGAUGUGAAAGCUUUGCAUUUAAGAGAAUUUACUUCAAGAACGUCGGACUUAUUAGAGGCUUCUUCCCAACAUAACGAUAAUGAUUCUUUGAUUAACCAAAACAAUGAAAAUGAUAUUAAUGAAUCUUCAUCUAUUUUGGCAAUCAUGAAAAUUUUUACCCAGUUUCUUGGAAUCCAUUAUACUUCAAAAUCUUUAUUAUCAACCCAAAAGAACCAUAUUUUUACAAUCAAUGAACAAAUACUUGAGAAAUCAGAUUUGCUUAUAAGUAGUAUUGAUACUAGGAUAUUAUUUGUGGAUGGCUCUGAAUAUAGUCUCUAUAAGGAAUUAUUCAAAUCUUGCAAAUCUAACUUCGGGUUAUUGCUAAUUAACAAUACCAAAGCUAAACAUGCUAUGAGUCCAAUAAAUGAAAAUGAGCCAAGCAAUGUCAAAGCUUCCAAUUAUCUUGAACAGUCCAAAUCUUUAUUCGGUCUUAAAUCUGUUAAUUUAGUAUUAAGUCAUGAUAACUUGAUUAGUAGUAGUGAUUUACUAGCCUUGAAUAUUAUUUACAAGCUUUCCUUUAACAUUUCCCAUAUUAAUAUUUUCAUCAAAGCUUCGUCGUCAAAAUCAGUAUCUAAUACCUCAACAAUGAGUUCGUUUGAAAAAGAAAUUGAAUCUUUACUUUUAACGAGAAAUCCUACGAUUAAUUUGUCAAUUUUUAAGAUUAAAGAAUCAGUGAAUUUUGUGGAUGAGUUGAUUAGGAUUUCACCUAAUUUGUUAGGUGAAACAUUCGUUAUGGCUAAUAACCUUCCUCAAAAUAGUAAUCUUAUGUUUGACAGUGAAGUCAGCGAAUUAAUUGCUACUGGUAUUACUGAAGGUUUCAACAUAUUGGCUGUGAAAACAGCUUCUUCUAAUUGA